UGGUGUGCAGAGCGGAGUGGGCAGUGUAUGGCCAUCGGUGGCGAGCAAGCGGGAGGCCGCCGGCGUGCUCGGGAGGGAAGCUGCAUGUAGCCUGCGGGAGGCUGCGCCUUUCUGCCUUGAGCCCUCGCUGCCUUCGCAGCCGCCUUUCGCCGCCCCCUCCUCGCCUCUCGGGAGCCCCAUUCGGAGCCGCGGGCCGCCUGCAGCGCCCCCCAGCCCUUCUCUCCGAGAUGCACCGACGCGACCUUGUCCUGUGCCUGGUCUUCCUGGCCGCGCCAUGCCUCGGCUCGACCCGCGGGCUCUUCCUCUUCGGGCAGCCCGAGUUCUCCUACAAGCGGUCCAACUGCAAGCCCAUCCCCGCCUCCUUGCUCCUGUGCCGGGGGAUCGAGUACCCCAACAUGAGGCUGCCCAACUUGCUGGGCCACGAAACCAUGCAGGAAGUGCUGGAGCAAGCGGGCGCCUGGAUCCCGCUGGUGCAGAAGCAGUGCCACCCGGACACGCGCAAGUUCCUCUGCUCCCUCUUCGCGCCCGUCUGCAUCGACGACCUGGACGAGACCAUCCAGCCCUGCCACUCGCUCUGCGAGCAGGUGAAAGACAGCUGCGCUCCGGUCAUGUCCGCCUUCGGCUUCCCCUGGCCAGACAUGCUGGACUGCAGCCGCUUCCCCCAGGACAAUGAUCUGUGCAUCCCCCCGGCUAGCAGCGAGCACAUCCUCCCCACUCCCAGGGAAGCACCCAAAGUCUGUGAUGCCUGCAAAAGCAAGAAUGAGGAUGACAAUGAAAUUGUGGAAAACCUUUGCAAAAAUGACUUUGCCUUGAAGAUAAAAGUGAAGGAGAUCGCCUACAUCAAUGGGGACACCAAGAUCACUCCGGAAACAAAGAGCAAAACCAUCUACAAGCUGAACGGUGUGACAGAAAGGGAUCUGAAAAAGACUGUGCUGUGGCUCAAAGGUGGCCUUCAGUGUACCUGUGAUGAGAUGAAUGAUAUAAAUGCACCCUAUUUAGUGAUGGGACAGAGGCUGGCAGGAGAGCUGGUGAUCACCUCAGUAAAGCGGUGGCAGAAAGGCCAGAGGGCAUUCAAGAGAUUCUCACGCAGCAUCCGCAAGUUGCAGUGCUAGUCACUUCCGGCCUUGCUGCCUUCAGUCCCUAGCGCACUCCUUAAUCCCUUGCACCUUCCUCUUUCUUCAGCAACAAUGCACAGCGGGCAUGGGAGAGGAAGACCCAUUUUAAAAAACGAAAGGGAGGUCAGUUUUGUACAUAUAGUAAAACUAUAAUUAAAAAAAAUCAUGACUAUUUUUGUGAAGUAUUAAAAUAUCUUGCUUAGAGCUAGUUCUUUGCAUUGGUUCAGAACGUGACCUGAAACUUAGGGGGGGGAAAUCUGUCAUUUUGGUUUUUUGUUUCGAACUGUCCCGCAAUACAUUCUAUAUCACUACAUUUCUGUAUAGGUUAUAUUAAGAAUGAGUGUGUUGAGAAUAAGGUGUGAGUGUUAGGUUCAGUUUUUUGGUACAAAGCCACCACGAAGAGAUGUGACCCUGUCGUUUUGGGGAAGUAGUACCUCCACAAUAUCAUCACCAGUAAGGGUUGCUGAGUGGACAUGAUGGGAAAAGUUGCUUAGUGGUGAUUUUUCCACAUCAAAUCAGGGCUGUGGGAAAAGAGAGAGCUUGAAACUUGGACUCUUGCCUGAUUAUUGGUCACAAUCCCAUGCAGAGCUGAGCAUGCUUCAGUCUAUUAAUUUCAACUGGGCUUCAGGUUUCUGUUGAAGUGUGGCCAUUAUGGCUUAAUUUGGCCUUGAAUAUUAGGCCUAAUUUUGUCUCGUUUGGAGUGAUAUGCCAUCUAUUUCUAUUACACUAUAGAAAAAUCCACUGUUGCAUGUGCUACUUAUGAAGAAACUUCACCAAUAAAAGUAUAUUAACAGUUUUUUACACAGUAUUUUAUACAAACCGAUCAAUAACAAGAAUUGUAAACUGACUGAAAGCACAUUUCAGGGGAGGUUUUGUGUUUUUCUGGUGCUUUUGCCUUCCCAAAGUAAACUUUUUUUCCAGCCUGUAAUAUAAUUAGUAGUUAUUCUGAAAGAGUUGUAAAAUAUUACUUUAAACAAAUCUUGUAAAUAUUUCCAGAUAAACCUUAUA